AUGGCCUUUAGUUUGAUGGCUGCUUGUAAACUUCGUCUGACACCGUGUAGUUUUCUUCGUUCUGGUAUUGUCUCGUUGUUAUACUUAUCCACUGUCAGGAUGGACGGCAUGGGUCUGGCGGUCAGUCGUUCAUCGCUCGAGCGCCUCGAGUUUGACAAUGUCGCACUCAAGAAACUUCUGUUGGAUACAUCAGAAGAGCCUGGUCCGCGAAGGCUGAUAGGAGCCUGUUUCUCCCGAGUAAAGCCGAAGCCAGUGGUAAAGCAUCGGUUCGUGGCAGUAAUGAACGCCGCGAAGGUUCUGAACGGCCCGCUUGGUCCAGAGUAACUGAGCGGCUCCAAAGUAAUGCCAGGGUCCGAGCCUGCCGCGCACUGCUACUGCGGUCACCAGUUCGGCUCGUUCGCCGGACAGCUGAGGGACAGGGCAGCCUGCUAUCUGGGUGAAGUUAAAGCUCCAGCUGACUGGAGGCCAGUGAUGCUCCGGGAGAACCCCUGUGUCCGGUGGGAAAUUCAGGUCAAGGGAGCUGGUCUGACUCCCUACUCCUGAUAAGCUGACGGCCAUAAGGCGCAGCACUCCAGCAUCAGAGAGUUUCUGUGCAGUGAGGCGGUGUUCGCUCUGGGGGUGCCCACUACCAGGGCAGUCACUGGUGACAGCAAUGUGGUACGAGACGUGUACUACAGAAGGUACCCCACUAAAGAGAGGUGCUCUGUUGCCCUCCGCAUCGCACCCACCUUUAUCAGGUUCGGGUCCUUUGAGAUCUUUAAGGUGGCUGAUGAGAACACAAGCUGGCAGGGCCCCAGCUACGGCCACGAUGAGAUCAGAGGUCAGAUGAUGGAUUAUGUCAUAUAGAGCUUCUACCCAGAGAUCCAGCAGAACCACACAGACAGAGUGGAGAGGAAUGUGUCAUUCUUCAGAGAGGUAAUCAUGGACACUAGCGUACUGGUGGCCCAGUGGCAGUGUGUGGGCUUCUGCCAUGGAGUCCUCAACACAGACAACAUGAGCAUCCUGGGGCUCACACUAGACUACGGCUUCAUGGACAGGUUUGAUCCUGACUUCAUCUGCAAUGCCUCAGACAACUCAGGCUGCUACACUUAUCAGGCCCCAUGCUGCUGGAACCUGGCUCCUCUGGCCGAGGCCUUGGACCCAGAGAUGCCCCCAGGCCGGGCAGAGGCUGUCCUGGAUGAGUACCUGCCCCUCUACAACACCUUCUACCUGGGAAACAUGAGGAGGAAGCUGGGCCUGCUGAGGAAGGAAGAGCCAGAGGAUGAGAUGUUGAUCACUGAGCUCCUGCAGACCAUGCACAACACAGAAAUCGAGAGACACCACUCGCCGUUCAGUGAGUUGACCAUGGUACUGAAUUUGGCCCAGAGCAACCCGUCCCUGUUCCAGAUGGUCUCGGAACGGAGGAUGGUGACCAUGAAGCUGGGUGUGGCCCAAAGGAGCUGCUGGAGGUCGAGGCCAAGCACAGAGAGAACUGGGUCACCUCCUACAGCUCUGUGUUGUGACUGGUGCAGCAAGAGUCUGGCUGAGGAAGUUGAGGGCCAAAGGGCCGUCCAGGCACUGCAGGAGGAGAGGGUGAAAGUGAUGAAUGGCACCAACCCACAAUACGUCCUCAGGAACUACAUCGCCCAGAAUACAAUAGAGGCCGCCGAGAACGGAGACUUCUCUGAGGUCCAGCGGCUCUUGAAGGUUCUGGAAAAUACUUUCUCUACCCAGCCGGGUCUGGAGCAACCAAGCUGGCUGGACCAAGGGGUGGUGGAGGAGCAGGGAGAGAUGGAGCAGCAGGUGGCAGGAGCGGCAGCAUCCCAAAUGCGUGUUCCCUAUGACAGCAAGCCCCCAGUUUGGGCCAAUGAAAUCUGUGUCACCUGAUCUUCCCUUCUGAUCACCCUUCCCUGACAGUCUACCCACCCAUAUGUACAAUAGAGACUGUCACUGUCUUUUCUUCCUUUGUUUACCUAUACCUCUCUCCUCAUACGCUCUUUACUUGGGUGGGUAAUGACACGGAAGGUACAUUUUAAUGAGGUAAGAUAAUAAUAAUGUGUGUGAAAGGGAAUGUACAUGAUUUACAUAUCAUCUGAAUUUUACAGAAUGAGUCACAUAAUGUUACUAAUUGAGCCACAAAGGACUUCAUACACAAGUAUAACAUAACAUAUGUCAACGUUGUAAAUGUCAUAGCAAUUGUAACACUGACCAUUUGGUGCUUCAUUGCACAAAUACUACUACACCACAUUGCAUCGUGUAGGUCAUUAUAACAUUCUAUGUAUUGCAUACAUUUUCCAGAAAGCUUCAAAACUGCCAUUGUCAACUAAAUAUUUGCCAAAGAAAUCAUGAGCAAUGGUUUUGUUUAAUUUCUUGGGAUAAAUUGUUUUUUAUGAAUUGAUAUGGAAAUUAUGUCGUCAUGCUGAAGAAAUGGCUUUUAUAGGGUUUUCCUUGGUAACUUGAAUUUCUUUGAAACGUUAAUAUUGUGGCCCAAAGUUGAGCUAUUUGUAACUUCAAUGUAAUGGACUGUUCAAUAUUCUAUUUUUGUAAGUUGGAAGAUUUUACUUAUGGCAAUUUUUGUAUUGGAAAACAAUAUGCACUACUCAAAUGGCUUCUCUUGGGCUCCAGGUAAAUUCUCUGAGGUACAUAUGAAUCAAACUCAUAAAUUAACGUUUCAACCACUGUGACCACCACCAUAUGUCUUUGUCAUUACCCCCUUCAAAACAUGUCAUACCAUGAGGAAUAGAGGGACCUGUGUCAGGUGACGGAUGGGCAAUAAUUCUGUUCAUAUUGAUCAGCAAAAUAUUGCUUAUAAUAGAAUAGACUAUCCUAAAUUAUAACCUGUGGUGUUUUUAUUUAUUGAUUAUUAAUGUACAUAUGAAAUGUAUUAUCUUCUGAGAGCUUCCUCUAUAUGCAAACUGUAGUUGGUAAACUUAUACAAAAAUAUGUUGGCUGUU